AUGUAAUCUCCAAUAGCUAGAAAGAAGCAUCCUUCUAAAACUUUUGUUGUCAAGAAGAACACUCAAUUGUUUUAAUCUGCCGAUCAUGGAAACAAGAGAUAAAAAUCAUAAAGAAUGGACAAACCCUUCAGAAGAAGAGGAAAUUUCUUGGAUAAAUAGGACGCUUUUUAAAUCAAUAAAUUUGCAGCCAAGCUCAAACAUAGUUCUGAUUCAGAGUCUGAUAGUGAUGUUUCUAUUGGAAAGUCUGGUAAAUCUGAAAGUUCUGAAUCCAGCAUAAAAUCAGCAAAAACAAUCAAACCACGCUCAUCCAAAAGAAUAAGAGGAAAUCUUAAUUAAUACACACAAGACUUAUUCUCGACGAUAAUAAGGAAGACAGAAAGCCAAAAAGACUAGCAAAAGUAUUAGUAUAUCCUAUGAUUUAAGGGAGGAAAUUUAGUAAAAAUUAUUUGAAAGAAUGGCUGACAAGGCUACAGCAGAGAACUAUUUACUCCACUAAAAUUUAGAACAAUUUGACUAGCCUUUUAAGAGGAGCAAUCAAUUUUCAAAGGAUGGGUAAGAUUCUGAACAUUCGUUUGAAAUAUUUUCUAACCUUUCAAAUGAAGAUAAGCAAUCAUAUAAUUCAGACACAAGUGUUUAGUUAGAAGAAGUCUAAGAUCAAUAGAGAAUCUCACAACAGAAAGAAAAUUCGUGCCAUAGUCUCAAGAUGUCUAUCUAAACUCCCAUUGCUGAAUUUAGCGUAAACCAAUAAAUUUUAUAAGUCUACCUAUUUCAAACCCAGAGUCUCUAAUUUACGCGUAUCCCUUGCUGGUUUUAGCCCCUUGUAAGUUACUCAUUCAGACUAAUCUUCCGAAGAUGUAUGAAACAAAUAUUAAUUAGGAGAAUUCUGACCAAUUAUAAAACUUGUCAAAUUAAUUCGACAAGAUUUAUUAAAAAUUAUCUUAUAUUAAUGGAGCACAAUUUAUCAAAUAUAGAAAACUUGAAAGUUUCCGUAAAUACCAUUUGAUUUAUGUAAUAAUCAAAAAUAAUUGAGAGCUCUUAUAUAGAUAAUUACAAAAUGUUAAAAUUUAGAAAAUAUGUGCUUUACUUAUAUUUGAUAACAAAGAGACUUUCUAAAAUUAUAGUAAGAUCCAGAAUAUAUUAAUACAUAUUGACUUUAGUUACCUUAGGAAACAUCACUAUUUUUGUAUCUGAACAUCUUUAAUAGUAAGAAAAUAAAUAUAAAGAUAUUAAUUUUAGUAAAUAUUAUAAUUUAAACUUAGUUUUUUUAUGGUUUUAUGUCGUAGAUAUAGUUUUAUAGCUGUUUGCUUUUGGAUUGUUUCGUACGAAAUUAAUCUUUCUAUCAAGAGUGAUCGAUGCUUCAUUGAUUAUUCUAUUUUAUUAUCAUUUAAGCAUAUCUGAGGUUAUUUUAGACAUAACACCUUUGAGAAUGACAAGAUUGCUGAAGCAUCUCGGAGCUAUUUUUGCUGGUACGUAAAUGUUCAUAAUAUAAAAAAGGGUUAUAAAGAAUGAUUGAAGCAUUAAUAGAAUCCUUAAAAUUUAUUUUGGAAUCAACAGCAAUUGUAAUUUUAUUUGCUUUAUUUUUUGCAUCUCUAGGAACUUCAUUAUUUAUGGGUUUACUUAAUUAAAGAUGCUUGCCAUCAGAUGAUUCAGAGUGGGUGCAAUGUUAAGAAGGUCAAUGUCCAGAUGGAAUGACUUGUUAGAUGACAGACAAAUCUUAUAAUAUUCCAACAAACUUCAACAAUAUCAUCUAUUCAUUUGGUCUUAUUUUAAAAACAGUAACAAUGGAUGACUGGAGUUGGGUCAUGUAUUAUACAAUCAGAGCAUUUCAUCCAAUCGUCUGGAUAUAUUAUGUUUUGAUAAUAUUUGUUGGGGGGUUUUUCGGAUUCAAUCUUCCGAUAGCAGUAUUUAAGACUCAUUUUAGUGAAAUGCAAUUUAGAGAGGUGCAACGUAAUGAUGAAAGAGAGAAUGUGCUUAGCAAAUCCAAUUUGACUAGAAUUGGAUUUUAUCAAUACAUAAUCUAGAUGAACUAAUUUUUGCUUACAAACUCUCCUGAUAUCAUAAUAAAUGAACCUCAGACAAACAAAGUACAAUAAUUUUUUGAUUUGUAACCAAGAAUUUUAUUGGGGAGUGUGUUAAAUGAAAAUAGAACAAAUGAAAGCAAUUUUUCUCACCUGAAAAAUUAAAUAAAAAAUUUUUCACUCAAAUUCUACCUUCUACCAAAAUUAUCGAUUCUAUAAAAAUUCUACCUUAAUUUGGAAAUCAAGAAAUUUACUUCAGACCCAAAAAUUUAAGAAACCAUAAAACAAUUUAGUAAAUCGUCGUUUUUACUUGAAAAAUACAUAGAUUAUAAAUAUCAAUAUAUAUAAACAAGUCAAUUGGAUAUACUAAGAAAUUCACUUUUUCAGGUCCUUAAAACCACAGAUAAUAAAAAUUCUAAAGCCUAUAAGAAAAAGGUGUUCUACUAUUAACUAAUUUAAACGAAGAAAUCAGUAAUUUAAAGAGAAAAUGGAAAGUCAUCUAAAUCUGAAUCAAUAGCAGCUAUAUAAGCAAAUAAUCCAAGAUCUGUUGCUUAAUUACCAAUAAAAAUUUCAAAAAGAAUACAAUAAAAUAGCUUAAAUCCUUCAGAAAUACAUGGAGCAAAAUCAAGUUCAAUGUCUUAUUCUCCAAAUGUGGGAGCCAUUCAUAAUAAAGAAAUUGAAAAGUAGAGAAGGAAGUUCCCUUAUUUUAUGAGUGGAAAAUAGUUCAUUCCUAAAGAAACUUUGUAUAAGCCUUUUACGAUCUAUCAUUGUGGUGAAUUGAAAGUACUUUUGCAUGGGAGUUAUUUGGAUUAUGCAGAUGUUUAAAAGAUGAUAAAAGCCAAAAUUAAGUUUAAGCAGACAGAGGAACUCAGAUAUUAAGAUGAAUACACCAAAAUCAAGAGAAAGGAGUUUCAAAAGAGAAUCAUUAAAUCAAGAAAUUGGUCAGGAAACAAUGUAUUAAAAAAUAAUUGGAUUUUAAUAAAAAAGUUUAAUGAGAUUUUUUAAUAGCUCAAUCUAAGGGAUAUUGAAAUUUGGCAAACAUCUUUAAGUGGUAUUUUGAUGGCUUUGAGAAAAUAUGCAUUUUUGAUAAUGCACUUUAAGUUAACAAAAUUUAUUUUUGAUUUAACAAUUCUUAUUAACACACUAUUUUUAGCUUUACAAGGUAUAAUAUAAAGAAGUAUAAUUGAUUAAGUAGAAGAUAUUGCAACAAUCUUAUUAUCGACUGAAAUUAUUCUAUAAUUGAUAGUCUACAAACCAAGUAAUUUAUUAUAAAAGUAUUAGGAAGAAUAGCAAGAAACAAACAUCUUGUAAUCGAAUUACUCAUAGUCAUCUUGAGUUUGAUAGAAUUCGGAUUUAGUAGCUACUUGAAUGUAAGUGAACAAUAUUUAAGACUAAUGAGAUCUACGAAAUGUCUUCUAUUUUACAGAUGCAUAGCCUACAUCUACAUGGCUCGAAUAAUUGGAGCCAUAGCAUAAAUUACAUACAAGUCUUAUGUCUACUUGGCCUUUCUUAUGUUCUUUAUGAUCUUUACGUUUGGGUUGAUUGGAAUGGAGUUGUAUGCAAAUAAAUUCGAUAGCUAUCACAAGGAAGGGUAUAUGCAUUCAUUUGACGAUCCAGCGAAAGCAUUUAUGACAGUAUUUAACAUAAUGACAAAUGAUGAUUGGUUUGGGGUUUAUAGAAUUGGCACAGAAGUGUAGACAGAACUCUCAAUAACUUAUUCUAUUGGGUUGGUGUUUACACUCAACUAUUUUAUUUAUGGAAUCAUGAUGGCUAUAUUAUUAGAUGGAUUUAGUCAAUAUUUAGAACGAGAAUCCACAAAUGAAUAAAAUGAAUUCCUGAAAGAUAAGAUUAAAUAAAUAAAUAAACUCAACAAAUAAUUAGAUUCUUAGGCUUCAGAGAAUGAUACUGAUUCUGAAUCUGAAUCAAACUCUAGUUCAUCCUCAAUAUAAUAAUACUAAGAUUAAGCUAACAAUGUCUAGGGUGUUACUAAUAGAUAUCAUGUAAGAAAGGAAAGUAUGUCCCCUGACAACAUCUAAUCAUCUUCUAAUAAUUUAAGAGAGUAAUUAAAGAGGGAUAGUAAUUUCACAGAAAAAAUAUUCCAUUCUCUACAAUUCCCUGUGACCAGAACUAGGAAAACGGAUUAAUAGGAGGAGGAGAGAAAGAGAAUAAAAGAAGAGUUUAGAAGAUUAAAGAGCAAAGUCAAUAUGCUAAGGGUGAAGUCUUCAGAACCCAAAACUAUUAAAUAUAUGUAAGAAAAUUUAGAAUAGGUCUACAAGAAAAUGUAUAAACAAAAUCAUAAAUUGUAUGCUGGAGUAGAUUGCAUGCAAUCCUACUAUUGCUUUAAUAAAUCCAAUUCUUUAAGAAUACUCUUCUUUAGAAUUAGUGUUAGUACUUAUACCAAAUAUUUUAUUGAUUUAAUAUUGCUUCUCUCCAUUACUUAUUUAGCUCUACCAUAGGAUAUUUAGGAAACACCCUUGUGGGUUACCAUAUUAUUUGUAUUGAAUUCUACAAUUUUUAUCGAAUUUAUAAUUAAAUCUAUUGCUCUUGGGGCAUGCCUGGAUAAGGGAUCAUAUCUAAAUGUAAUUAUUUAUAUAAUUCUAGUAUACAUGGAAGGUGGUUGAUUUAGUAUACAUAAUUGUUUAUUAUUUGGAAUUCUUUAAAAUCGCCAAUUUACCAAUUUUUAUUGUGAUAGAGACAUUUAUAUAUUUUAGACCUUUGAAGUUACUUUAUCGAAUAAAAUGGGUAGUUCGAGUAAGAGCAGCUUUAACCUAAUCCUUAUUUGAUAUAAUCAAUGUUUUUGUAGUCUUGCUUUUAGUAUGGCUAAUGUUCGCUGUUUUUUCAAUGAUGCUAUUUGCAGGUAAAAUGGGGUUUUGCGAGGAAUAAAUAAAUUAUGAUGUAGGAUAGUAGGAGUGUAUGAAACAAGGCAAAGAAUGGAGAGUAUAUAAGCAUAAUUUUGAUAACAUAACUACUGCAAUGCCUGUGUUAUUCAUUAUUUCAACUUUUGAUGGAUGGGGUUCAGUCUUAUGGGUGUCACAGAACAGCAGAGAAGCUUCGAAUGGUCCGCAUCCUUAUUUCAGUUAAAUUCCAACAUAUUUAUUUUAUGUGGCAUUUUGCACCGUGGGAUCAAUGUUUUUCCUGUAGUUGUUCACAGGUGUGUUGUUCAUCAAUUUAAAAGCCAACUCAAAAUUAAUGGAAAACCAAUAAUUAACAUAGGCACAAUUAGAGUAUAUUAAGAUUUCAGAAAUCAUUCUACAUGAUCAUCCUAUAAGAGCUUCCUUACCUAAGUCUUAAUUAAGGAGGAUCUUAAGUAUUUUCAUUAUGAAUAAAUACAUGGAUUUAUGCAUGUUUUCUAUUUUGCUAGUAAAUUGUGUUGUUAUAAUGAUGAUUUAUCAUUCAGCUGAUGAUAAUUAUAAUGGAAGGAUCAAUAAGAUUCAUCAUGUUUGCACUUUAAUUUUUGCCACUUGGUUGCUACUCCAAUUUUUGAUCUUGGGAAUCAAUAGAUUCAAAGAUAACUUAUGGAGACCCUAUACAUCCUUGGUUAUUAUUUUAGGAGUGGUUGAUUUGAUUCUUGACUUUGAAUUUGAUUGGUUCCGAUUGUAUUGCAAUUCCACCUAAUUAACUUAGCAUUAUUAAUUGUUGAGAGUGUUGUAUACUCUGAGAAAUUUAAGAAUUAUACUCAUCUUCCAAGGUUUGUAGAAGCUCUAAAGAUUAGUAAGAGUGAUGUCAUUUGCAUUUCCAUUUUUGCUUAAGAUUCUUUUCAUUCUUCUAAUUAUUAUGGUUGUGUUUGCCUUUUAUGGAGUGAUGCUAUAUGGAACUAUAGAUAAGGGUGAAGUCAUUAAUGAUCUAAUCAAUUUUUCAAACUUUUGGUUGGCCCUGUUGACACUUUUUAAAUGCGUUAGUGGUGAUGAUUUUAGAUCAAUAAUGAACGAUUGUAUGCAUCACAAUCCUUAUUGUUCAGAAGAUCCUAAAUAUUGUGGUUCACCCUAUGCUUAAAUCUACUUCAUUUCUUUUAUGCUAAUAUCCAAUUAUAUACUAUUGAAUUUGUUUGUUUUGGCAUUGAUAGAAUAAUUCGAAUUUUUCUUCAACAAUUAAGAUUCCAUACUUUAAACAUACGUUGAAAAUAUAGACUCCUUCAGAAAAGCAUGGUUCAAAUUCUCAAGUUAGAAUGGACAGGUAUUGAGCAUUAGAUGCUUGCCUUAUCUAUUGAUUGAAAUCAAAGAACCACUAGGCUGUAAACCCUAUGAUAAUGUGUGGGAUGCAGCCAAACUGAGUUUGCAGUUUAAUCUAUUUUGUGACAUUGGGGAUAACAUCUCCUACAAUUAAUUGUUAUAUGAGAUUUUCCAUCGUAGGUAUUAGAAGCAUAUCUUUGAACAAUGUUCAGAAAUGGCAGCUCAAAAGAUGUCUUAGUUCCAUAAGACUAUGAUUUUUAGGUUAGCCUAUUAUCGAAGAAAAGGAUUUAAAUAGAGAAGGACAAGCAUUGGACCUCAACUUAAAUUAAAUGGAAAUGGCAACAUAAUGCAUACAUUAUUGAUGUCGUUAGUUGCAUUCAAAACAUGGAGAUUAUAUACCGAUCAGAUAAUUGCUAACAUUAUUACUGACUAAUAAUAUUUCUCGUAAAGAACUGUAAGGGAUACUGAACCAAUAAGGCAUUCCAUUACACUAAAAAGCAUUGAGAGUCAAGAAUCUAGAAUAAAAUUAAAUGAUAAUCCAGUUUAUUAAAAAAGAAGGAUGGGUAGAAUGAAAAGAGUUUCAUUACAAGGUUAGAUCAAUGACUAUUUGCCAGGGGAUUGCAUAAACGUAUGAUUCUUCAUCCUAAUUUAGCCAAAACCUGUAUUAAAAAGAAAAAGUAGUUUUGGAAUUGAAGAAGGCAAUGUUUAAACAGUUUAUCAUUCGCGUAGAAUAUAGAGGAUAUAAAAAAUAUAUAAAAUGAAUUGA